AUGCCUGAACCACAUGUUGUAGUUGCUCCUGUUACAGAGGAAGCUGAGUUUGGUGUUGUAUCCAAAUUGAGACACUUAAAAAUAGAUCACGAGUUAGUUACAACGUUGGUCGAAAGGUGGAGGCCUGAGACACAUACUUUUCAUCUUCCAACUGGAGAAUGCACAAUUACCUUGCAAGAUGUGUCACUACAAUUGGGGCUUAGAGUUGAUGGUCCUCUAGUAAUUGGACCUAUAAAGUUUGAUUGGGAAGAUAUGUGUGAUACGUUGUUAAGGAUUACACCGAUUAAGGGGGAGUCUCUUGUUGGAUCUACGGUGAAGCUAAAGUGGUUGUGGGAAAAUAUGUUGCCUGUGCAUGACGGCUCAAGUCUAGACGAAAUACAUGCCCAUGCAAGGGCAUAUAUAUUAGGACUAAUUGGAGGGGAGAUGUGUAGAGCAACAGAUCGACAUUCAAAGCCCAUGCGUGGUUGUGCAUCGUUGUUACAAUCGUGGGCAUGGUUUCGUAUGCCCUUUAUUGCACCAAUUUCACGACUGCAAACACUUGUACUUCUUCUACUGCUUAUGGAGGAGAUGAAGGUGAACAACAUAUUGAAGAUUAACCUUCACAGGAAGAACCACCUAGACCUCAAUAGGAAGAACCACCUAGACCUCCACAGGGAAGGAGAAAUCCAACUAGGAACAGGCGACGAUCACAUUGUGGAACUGGACACAAUUUUGAAGAGUGAUUAG